UCAUGCUCCAUUCAGCUGUACUGGGUAUGAAGAUGACUUUUUAAUGUGGGGCGCACACGAAUCCAGAGGCACACCAACUUGUUCGGAACCAACAGGAAGGUGCCGUUGAAGAGUGACAUCUUCUGGUGUCUCCUCAGGCGGGAUAAGUCUUUCUCGUGAAAGUUGUUCCAAAAGCAAGAACUGGAACAUACUGGAUUUUGAACCACUCAGGUAAUCGAUUACUUGACUAUAAUUUACACUCCAGAACUUGCCUUAUAAUAUUUUCUGGAGAAACUUUGGUCAGCACCUGUGGGAGUUUAUAGCCUGCUAAUCAGGAACUGUACUGGACCUUAAGUGACCCUGGUUUCUGGAUACUGUGGUCUUUUGAUACUGCUCAGGUGAAAGUGUGUGUAAAUGAUGGUUGAGAGUGUGUGUGAGCUCAUAGGCUUUUGCCUGGGUGUUGUGGGUCUGAUUGGGGCAUCAACCGUCACGGGUCUCCCCAUGUGGAAGGUGACCGCGUUCAUACAGGAGAACAUCAUCGUCAUGGAGACACGCUGGGAAGGUUUAUGGAUGAACUGUUACCGCCAGGCCAACAUACGCAUGCAGUGCAAAGUGUACGACUCAGUGCUCUACCUACCUCCCGAACUCCAGGCUGCUCGAGGUCUGAUGUGCUGCUCGGUUGUGUUGAGCUUUCUGGCACUGGUGGCAUCUCUGCCAGGCUUGCACUGCAUUUCCUGUUUUCCUGACCAUACAAGGGUUAAAUCUCUGAUUAUCGUAGUCGCUGGCUCAAUGGAGAUCAUGGCUGCCAUUUGUGUCCUCAUUCCUGUAUCCUGGACAGCUCAUACCAUCAUCCAGGACUUUUAUAACCCGCUGUUACUCGAUGCUCAACGCAGGGAACUUGGUGAAGCUCUUUACAUUGGCUGGGUCACUGCAUUCAUCCUCUGCGCCUCUGGUGUUGUCUUCCUUGCAUGCCGGAGCUACCAAUCAAACAACAAUCAGCCUGUUUAUGCACCUUAUAGAUUAAAGACAACACAUUUCCAAUACCCCAAUCCAACCCCAAGCUCAAUCAGCUCAUUUUCCCAUCAGCCUCUGCUCCUGAAUCAUCACAGCUUUUCUUCUCAGCAGCCAUCUCCAUUGGUGUACAACGUCCUUGCAACACCCCCUAGUGGACAAACACAACUCUACAAUGUUCCUGUAGUUUAUCCUGCUAACAUCAUGCCUGUUCAGCAUCAUCCAUCUCUGCACAGCUCGCAUGACUCAAGGAGAAUCUCCAUACCGAUAAACCCCCUCAAUUCUGGCACGUUCUCUACUCACCCGAGUCUUCGUUCCACACCUCCUGCUGCAGGGUAUGAUGGGAACUUUGGCACUGUUGUACAGCCCACUGUCCCUUUUCCUACGAUGUACAAACAGAAGAAUACCGGAUCACCUCAGCCCUCCAGUACACACUCAAGCUCAGGAGUCUAUAUUUGAACACAAAGCUUAAAUAAACUAAUUCUGUGAACAUAAUUCUUUAAAAUUUACCACUAAGACUUUAAAUUCAUUAGCUAUCAAACACUAAUAAAAAAUAAAUCACUGAAUCGAUCUCUGGAGCAUUUAAAGAGUCUUUGACUUUAGUCCAAAAUUGACAUCAGUCUUUACAUAAGGAAAGAUUCUCGUACACAGUGUCAAGGAGAAGCUGCGAUUUUUUCAGAGAAAUGAUCGUCCAGAGGUUAGAACAGAGGUGUCAGAGACGGAGAUCAUCAAUAUAGCAUCUAUAGUUUAAUUUGCUGCAAUUAGAGUGAUAAUAACAACAAGCACAACUAAGCAACUGUUUCUUUUUUCAGUCUAUAUUUAUUUUCUAUCCAUGAUGUUUUAUUAUUUUUUUUUAACGGAGGCAGUAAACGUUCCUGCGUCUCCUUCAGUAAAAACAGUCAGGGAUAAAAACAAAUGUGAACUGUGUAACAAAAGUAAGAAAGAAAAAAAGACAACAGUAUUUUUAUCUUUGUAUAAUUACAAUGAGAAACUUAUAAAAUAGCACUUGAUCCAGCGCAUUUUCUUUUUUUUACUAUGCACUCCGAUGCUUAUUUCUACACACACCAGAGAUGGGGACUCGAGUCAUAUGACUUGACUCGAGUCGGACUUAAGUCACAAAUUUGAGACUUGAGACUUGCUUGACAAAUAUUAAAAAAAGACUCGACUUGACUUUUACUUGACAUUCAUGACUUGAGACUUGACUCGGACUUGAGUUAAAUGACUCAGAGAUGGGGGACUCGACUUGACUCGAGUCAGACUUAAGUCGCAAAUUUGACAAAUGUUAAAAAAUACUUGACUUGACUUUGACUUGAGACUUACACAUGUGUGACUUACUCCCACCUCUGACACACACACGAUACUUGAUAAUGUCAUAAAACCAUAAUGAGAGUACAGAAUGUCACGUUUUCUAAUUGUUGCUUCAUUAAUAAAUGACACUUCUUAACA